AUGUCGAUCCCUUCUGAAGGCUUGGUCUCGGUCGCCUCCAACGUACAGCCCCAGGCUAUUGGCACGGGCUCCCGCGUUGCCAAGGGGAAGACCGUGCUCAUCGACAACUACGACAGCUUCACCUACAAUGUCGUCCAGUUCCUCGCCGAGGCUGGCGCCGAUCUCGUCGUCUACCGCAACGACAAGGUCACCAUCGAGGAGAUCGAGGCUCUCAACCCCGCCAACAUCGUCAUCAGCCCUGGACCGGGCCACCCGCUUCACGACUCGGGCAUCUCCAUCCCCUGCAUCAAGCACUUUGCCGGCAAGAUCCCCAUCCUCGGCGUAUGCAUGGGCCUCCAGUCCAUCUACUCGGCCUACACCGGCAUCGUCGAGUUUGCCGGCGAGAUCGUCCACGGCAAGACUUCUGAGAUCGCUCAUGACGCCAAGGGUCUCUACGCAGGUCUCCCCGCUCACGGCGUCGUCGGCACCCGCUACCACAGUCUGGCCGCCCAGCUGCCCAGCUUGCCCAAGGAGCUCGUCGUGACUUCCAAGACUUCGAGCGGCGUCGUCAUGGGCAUUCGCCACACUCGCUACACCGUCGAGGCUGUGCAGUACCACCCGGAGAGCAUCCUCAGCGUCGGUGGCCGCGAAAUGAUGGUCAACUUCCUCAGCUGGACCGGCGGCACUUGGGACGCCAACCCGCAAGCCAAGGUCGACGCCGCCGCCAUCGAGCGUGCCGAGAGCACCACCGAACCCGUCCUCGCCAUGGCCAACGACGGCGGUGCUGCUGCCCCUGCAAGCGCACCUGCCGCCGCCAACGGAUCCGCGCCCGCCGCCACCGCCAGCGUCGGAACCAUCCUCGAGCGCAUCCACGUACAGCGACUCAAGGACAUUGCCGCCACCAAGGCCGUCCCGGGCUUCUCUCAGCGCGACCUCGACAUUGCCCUCUCGCUUCACCUCGCUCCUCCGCUCAUCAACUUCCCCGAGCGUCUCCAGCGCCACGCCGCCCGCGGCCUUCCGGGCGUCAUGGCCGAGAUGAAGCGUGCCAGUCCAAGCAAGGGCGACAUCGACCCCACCGCACAUGCUGGCGCCCAGGCGCUUGCAUACGCGCGCGGCGGCGCCAGCGUCAUCAGCGUGCUCACCGAGCCAAAGUGGUUCAAGGGCACCAUCCACGACCUCUCGCUCGCCAGACGCGCCGUCGACAAUCUGCCCGACCGUCCCGCCAUCCUCCGAAAGGACUUUAUCGUCGACACCUACCAGAUCGCCGAAGCCCGACUCGCCGGCGCCGACACGGUGCUGCUCAUCGUCGCCAUGCUCACCGACGAGCACCUCAAGCAGCUUUACGACUACAGUGUCGGCCUGGGCAUGGAGCCCCUCGUCGAGGUCAACAACCCAGAGGAGAUGACUCGUGCGCUCCGCCUGGGUGCCAAGGUCGUCGGCGUCAACAACCGCAACCUGCACGACUUUAACGUCGACAUGGACACCACCUCGCGCCUCGCCGAUGCCGCCAACAAGGGCGGCGUCAUCCUCUGCGCCCUCAGCGGCAUCACCGGUCGCAGCGACGUCGCAAAGUACCUCAAGGAGGGCGUCGGCGCCGUGCUCGUCGGCGAGGCGCUCAUGCGUGCCAAGGACAAGCGUGCCUUUAUCCAUGACCUCCUCGGCCUGCCUUCCACCAGCGCCGCCGCAGAGACCGUCGAGGGAUCCCUGGUGGGCCACGGCACCCUCGUCAAGAUCUGCGGUCUUUCCAGCGUCGAGGACGCCGUCGCGGCUGCUGAAGCCGGCGCCGACAUGCUGGGCAUGAUCCUCGCACCGGGCACCAAGCGUACCGUCUCGCACACCCAGGCGGCCGAAAUCAUCCGCGCGGUCCGCGCUCUGCCCGGUAGCGCCCCCGAAGACGCCGUCGCAUUGGAUGCCGAGGCGGUCGCCGGCUUGCUCGAGCACGGCGUCACGCCCGAGGACUGGUUCUCGUUGACGGUCAAGAAGCUGCGUUCGCGCGCAGGCAAGCGCCCGCUGCUCGUCGGCGUCUUCCGCGACCAGCCGCUGGCCGAGGUGGCGAGCACCGCGCAGAAGCUCGGCCUUGACGCCGUGCAGCUGCAUGGUCGCAGCGAGGGCAUCGAGUGGGCCAAGUUCCUGCCUGGCCGCCUCGUCAUCCGUGUCUUCCCCGUGGGCGCCGACGCCCAGAUCGGCACGGGCCUGCUGCGCGACGUCGCGCGUCCCGGCUACCACCACCUUGCGGCGCUCGACACCGCCGGCACGCCAACCUCGGCCACCGGCGGCGACGGCGGCACGGGCGUGGCGUUUGACUGGUCGCUCGCUCGCGCCGUGCGCACUGCCGACGCGCUCCCCGCCAUCGUCGGCGGCUCCGCCGCGCGCCCCGUGCCCCUCAUCCUCGCCGGCGGCCUCACACCCGACAACGUCGCCAAGGCGAUCCACGACGCGCUCCCCUUCGCCGUCGACACGAGCUCGGGCGUCGAGACCGACGGCAGGAAGGACCUCGCCAAGAUCCGCGCGUUCGUCGCCAACGCCCACUCGGCGCCGCGUCCGCAGCAGUAA